ACUGGUUCCUACCACAGUUUCCUUCUGUUUGUUGUAGGCGAACUGCUCCUGCUCUCAAGUAUGAUUUUCCUGCUCCCAGUGGUGUGUGGCUGCCCAGAGAGGUGCCACUGUCACUCACCUUCAAAUUUUGUAGACUGCAGCCGGCAGGGUCUGGCUGAAGUCCCUUCUGAUCUGCCUCCUCAGACUCUUACCCUGCACUUACAAGAUAACCAGAUACGUCAGCUUCCGGCUUCUGCAUUUAAGUCAGUGCCACAGCUCACAACCUUGAACUUGCACAACAAUUCUCUUUCAAAUCUGACCUCCGGAGUUUUCCAUGGACUUCAGCACUUGCGGGUCUUAAACCUAACCCAGAACUCCCUGCAUUCCCUGGAAAGCAGACUUUUCCAUUCCCUCCCACAGCUGAGGGAACUUGAUUUAUCAUCAAACAACAUAAGCCACCUUCCCACAUCCCUGGGUGAGCCUUGGGAGAACCUAACUGUAUUUGCGAUCCAACAAAACCAGCUUCAGCAGCUCGAUCGAGCCCUCCUAGAAUCCAUGCCCAGAGUGAGGCAUUUAUUUCUCAAGGACAACCUCUGGAAAUGCAAUUGCCACUUGCUCAGUCUUAAACUCUGGCUGGAGACGUUUAUCUAUAAAGGGGGAAUAACAGACAGCAUCAUCUGUGCCUCACCGGACACCUGGAAGGGAAAGGACCUCCUUAAAAUCCCUCACGAGCUGUACCAGCCCUGCCCUUUUCCUUCUCCAGACCUGGAGUCCUCACAGGUGCAGCAGCUAGGUGCUGCCCACCGGACUGUACCCAGGCCCCCUGAGAGCCACAGCUCAGGGGAGCGAGACCACCGGGAGUGUGAGAUCAAACCCAAGCCGAGGCCAGCCAAUCUGCGCCACGCCGUGGCCACCAUCAUCAUCACGGGGGUGGUGUGUGGGAUCGUGUGUCUCACGAUGUUGGCGGCUGUCAUUUAUGGCUGCACCUAUGCAGCUAUUACCGCCCAGUACCAUGCGGGACGCUUGGCUCAGAUCAAUGAGCCUGCGAAGACAGAAGGAAAAGAGCUGUUUGACAGCUCAAUGGCCUGAGAGCUUUCAUCUCAAAUACGCAUAAUCAUUAUAGGCCAGAAGAAAGUUUCUGAGUAGGGCUGAUGGUUCACUGUUACUGCCUCAUUUUCUUUUUCCAAAAGGAAAAAAAAAAAAAGAUGUGUCUGUAAAAAAGGACAGUAUUCCUGGGAAGAAAUUUAUGUUGAGAUUUUAAAAAAAUACCAUAGUUGAAACAGAGAUGAUAACUUGUGCUCUGUGCCUGAGAAGUUAUGACAAUAUUCUAUGUGGGGAAGGCUGUCCACAGAGAAAGGGAAGAUACAUCUCUUUCAAGGUACUCUUCCCUGCAUUAAGUUGCCUUUACAGGGCAGCAGAAAUACAAACAUGCGUGCCAGCAUUCCUGGCAGCUUUGUGGUCCACUCGAAAACUGCCCAAUUUUGAGUGCCUGGGAAGAAGUUGGCAACCUUACCCAAUGGGCACUGAGUGCUUCUAUAGUCCAAGUUCAUGAUAGACCGGUGAUACUUUUAGAUGUUAGGUAUGUUAUAUAUUUAGCAAAAGCGUCUGUUGGUUGGGAAUUUUGUAGCUUGCCACAAGAGUCAGAUUAUAUUUAAUUUUCUAAAUCAGAAAACCAUUUGGGGCUUUCUAGGCCACAGAAGAAGAAGAGGGCUCCAUGACUGGAUAAUGGGACUCAGGCCCAGGGUCUGGGGAAGUUUUCUGAUGCAAGGGUAAAUAACAUAUAAACAAACACAAAGAGGAUGGGGUGGCGGAAUUCGAGGCACUAUUACCCAAAGGCCAUAUCCACCAGGCGAUUGGAACCUUCCAUUUAUAACUCUCACAGCAGGAAUGAAUUUAGGGUGGGCUGAGAGCGAGAUAAUGGCUUAUGUGUAUCUGUAUCUACGUACAUAGUGUGCAGAGUGCAUAGGCUUGUUCAACCACACCCACACAUAAACAUACUCAGAGCAAUCAGUUUACCCACUAAUGAAAUGCAGCCGCGGCAGGGUGGAAGCCAGCAGCUGUUGACCACCACCCAGAUUGUCUACUCAACACUCUGGGAUAGGAAGUCAGAGGAAGUCUGAAUAGAGUGGGAAUUAUCAAGAGGCUGGAGAUACGUGGGAGCAGCCGUCCUGAACAUUAUUUAGGCUGGGGUUUAAAAAAAUCAGGUGUGGCUUGCUUGACUCCACAGACACGGUCCUGAAGAGCUGCAUGCAAAGGAAAUUUUUGUAAAUUGAAUCAUCAUUUUAAUGCAGUAGGGGAUCUCGCUCUUUAAAGGAACCUUUCAUGGAAUCUUUCUGUAAUGGCAAUAAUUGGCUCCAGAUUUAUGUAUUUUGUAAAUUUGCAUUUUCUCAUGCUAGGAUUUCUUAAAGUAGAAUCUACCUGCUCUCCCUCUCUCUCAUGAUGUCCCAUCUCAUACUUAGUCACCUGUUAGUAUUAAAAUCAUUUUACACAGAGGAGUUAAGGACUUGGCAAAAGCAAGGAAUAGCAAAUACAGGGCAAGCUGUCCCUCCAGAGGCCUUGACAGACAUCAUUAAUCAAUCCCAGCACUCCUCCCUGAGCCCUGAUGCACCACAGAUGCCUUCUUAAGACAGCACUGUAAGGCAACCAGAACUAAUCAACUGGAAUUGGUUCAAAGGAUAAAACAUAUUUGUCAUUCAGGGUACUGGCCCUAUAUUCACUCUUUCAGGCCAUGUAAAAGUUGCUUGGAUCCUAAAUCAGCAGUCCAUUCCAUAAACUGGCAUGUGAAUGGGCGGUCCAUUCAGCCUGGAAUACUGUUUCCCUGUCUGAUGUGGCCAAAGCCUUGCCCAACAGUAUAAAGAGGCCAAGGGAAAGACGGAUGAACCUACCCUAGCCUACCCUGCAGGACACAGAGGCCAUCUAUACCUGCUCACAGUGCUUCACAACUAGUGUGGGCUGCCCACACCCACAAGUUAAAGAUGGGCCAUCUCUUUGGAGCAGCAAUUUUGCUAAAUGAUUCUUCUGGGGGAAAAAGUAUAAAUUUGAUGUUAAUUUUUUCUGAGUAUUAAAAUAAACCUGGGUACGUUAAAGAGUAGUUUGAAAAAUUAGCAUGGAUUUUAAGAUCAAAAAGAGAUUCCAGAGAAAGUCAGCUGCUGCAUCAGCUCCAUCCCAAGUCUGGUGCUUCCUUUCUUCUCUGCUUCGUGCACCACUUCAGUGGGCGAGUCUGAGCAUCCAGUCUAAGGUUGUAGGGAUUACUUUCCAGGUGGAAAAAAAAUCUUUCUUUCCCUUUCCCUGGACCAUGAGUCCUUGGCCAAGAAAGCACUAUGAGAAAGGAAAUCGAGAAGAUCUUUUUAUACAUCGUCCUCAUUUCACCAAAUGUUUCUGGAGUUCGUACUACGUACCAGGCAUGGUGAGAGGUGUUCUCGUGAACAUUCAUGUAAUCUUGGCAACCAUGCUGUGAGAUGCUUGAACAGAUAUUACAUAAGCUGGGAACUACUGAGGCCAACCACAAGUGCCUCUUCUCAUUGCUGUGAUUUAAGACAUGCAGUGCACUGUGCUCUGCCGGAGGCCUGGUGACUGUACAGGUCAAUCCCGUCCCCCUGGCCACAGUGAUUACAUGACAGAGCUUCCAAUGCACCGCUGAAAAUCCUGAAAGUGGCUAGAAUCCUCACUCCUCAACACCCACGUCCUAUUAGAUUUCUAAGCACAGAUGAUAACUCAGGCAAACAGAUUCCUGCUUUAUGAGAAGUCUUUAAGGAGAAUGACUAAAAUGAUGCCUUCAUGUAUUCAGAUUUCUAUCUUUUGCCUAUAGUCACCAAAAAGAGCAGUUAACGACGAAAAUAAUUACCCUAAAAUGUCAACAAUUCUCUCAGCACAGAAAAAUAUAAAUCAAAUUGUUUAGAUUAACAAUUCAGCGUUAUCAUUUGUUAAUACGAGAAAUGAAAUGUUGUCUCUGUUAAAAACAUCACAGAUGAAAGACCCAAUUUGCAGGGUAUUCUGUGAGAACCACAAAUUAUCUUUCACAACCACUACAGCUCAUGAGGGGUAAUUUGCAAACGCCUCAUAGAUUAUUUUCAGCUGUUUAUUGCUGCUGUCAUAUUUAUAAAUUCCCCUAUAAAAAUGCCCUUCCUUCAAAGAGUCAUAGAGCCUUACUGAAGGAAUACUGUGAACAAAUAUCACGUUUAGUGUUGAUUGUUUCUGAGAAAAUCAUGUAAAAUAUAGUUUCUUCAUUAUAUUUAGCGGAACAGUAUCACUAUUUUUGCUUUGCCAGAGAUCACAAAUUCACAAUAGCAGGACCCAACAGACAUGAGGCAUAUAAAGAGGGCGUAGGAGGAAUUUCUUCCCCAGAGAUCGUGGAGAAAGAAGACCUAGUGUCAAAUCUAUACCUGGAAAGCUUUUAAAAUUAAGGCAAAAAUCCUUGACCCUGUGGGAAAAAUCUUGUGCUUCAGAUGAUAAUAUGCCCACAGACAACUGGGUAUUUUAUUUUUUUCUUACAAAAAUGAAAGACUGAAAAGUGAAUCAUAGGAUUGCCUCCUGAAGGUUCAUGAAAAUCAAAUCUCAUUACUCAAGUUUACCAAGUUACCCCAGAAAUAUCACACUCGUCUUAGAUCCAAAAUAUCAAAGGAAGUGGCUCAAUUUCUAAAAUGAUCUAUCCAUAGCACCCAUUAUCAUAAUUAUACAACUGUUAGAAACCUAUAACUUUCUAUCACAGAUCAGGAAAUAACUGUUUUCACUUGGGUCAAAUCCACCAGUGUAUCCAUUGCUAAAUGCUAUUAGACAGAAAACUACCAGCAAAUGAUACUCCAACCUCACAUGGCAUCACUGGGGUGUGGUUUAUAUGCACAACUUCAGGGAACUAUCCUGCUUUCCCUUGUGAUGAAAAUGUUUUUUUAAAUUUAUUUUUUAAUGCUCAAAAUGCAAUAAAAUCUCAAAGAAACCUCCCUCCGGUUGGGAGAAGCAGCUUUCUAACCCCUCACUUUCUUUUUAGAUUCUUGACUGGAGUAUCCACACCUACUUUUCACUCCAACGACACUGAGUAUUCAUUUGGAUGGAUAGGAUGUGACCCAGUUUCAAAGACUCAUCAAGAAGAGCCAGAAAAAGAAAAAGAGGAUUGGGAGUUGAGAAAG